AUGGGAAUAAGACUUUCAUUUCUCGACUCGACAAUCGGCUUGCUCAAGCGAGUGAGCGAGACGCAUCGUGUAGACGAAGUUUGUGGAUUGAGAAAAAUAAAGAACGCAAAGGGGAAAUCGAGAUUAAUGCAUUUUUCCUAUUCAAAAUCAUCACGGACAGCAUCAAUUUUUGCCGAAAUGAAGAUUUUCCCUCAUAUAACAACAACAAUAUCUAAAAGAGAUGCAGAUAGAAAAGAAAGAAGAAAAGGUCUGUUUUGUGAUUUCAUUCAUUUCCCCCAGUCUUUUUGGUUGAAGAUUGGAACGACGACGACGAAGACGACGUCAGUUGACGAUGUAAGAGAAGAAGAGAAAAAUAGAAACAUAGAGAACUACACAGAAAUUCUAUAA